GGAAUCGGAGGCGGGGCUCGGACCGGGAAGAGCGGAAGCGAGAGGGAGAAGGAAAGUAGAGAGGAGCUGGUCCCGCCCAGAUAGGGAGGGCGAAGGGAGCGGCCGCGGUAGCGGCCGCGGCGGCGGGUAAGGAGCAGGGGGAGGGGAGGCCGGAUGUGAGUGGAGCGGCCAUUUCCUGUUUCUCUGCAGUUUUCCUCCAGCUUUGGGUGGUGGCUGCUGCCUGAGAUCGGCUUCUAGUCAGCUAAGGGGCGAGGCGGCGUGGACUGCGGUCCCCAUCCCCCAGUCUAUCCGCGUACCGCCGUUCCCGGGGCCUUCCCCCGCCUUGUCAGUAGCGCAUCCCGUUCGGAGCCCGUCGGUCCUCCCCUUGUGCUCUCGGAUAGCUUCGGCAGCCGCCGCCUCCACCUCCUCCGCCGCCGCCUCAGCGGCAGCCCCGCGAGCCGCCCCGAUGCAGGCCAUCAAGUGUGUGGUGGUGGGAGACGGAGCUGUAGGUAAAACUUGCCUACUGAUCAGUUAUACGACCAAUGCCUUUCCUGGAGAAUACAUCCCUACUGUCUUUGACAACUAUUCUGCCAAUGUUAUGGUAGAUGGGAAACCUGUGAAUUUGGGUUUAUGGGAUACAGCAGGCCAAGAAGACUAUGACCGAUUACGUCCCUUAUCCUAUCCGCAAACAGAUGUAUUCUUAAUUUGCUUUUCCCUUGUGAGUCCUGCGUCAUUUGAAAAUGUCCGUGCAAAGUGGUAUCCUGAAGUGCGACACCAUUGUCCUAACACUCCCAUAAUUCUAGUGGGCACCAAACUUGACCUUAGAGAUGAUAAAGACACGAUUGAGAAACUUAAGGAGAAGAAGCUGACUCCAAUUACCUACCCACAGGGUUUAGCCAUGGCAAAGGAGAUUGGUGCUGUAAAAUAUCUGGAAUGUUCAGCACUCACACAGCGAGGCCUCAAGACAGUGUUUGAUGAAGCUAUUCGAGCAGUUCUUUGCCCACCCCCUGUCAAGAAGAGGAAGAGAAAAUGUCUGCUGUUGUAAAUGUUACAGCCCUGCCCUAUUCCCCUUUGAACCUUUGUAAGCUUUGCUUAAACAGUGGAGCAUUCACUCAAUGCCAAGUUUUUGUUAAAAAAAUUAGUUUCUUUCCAUAAAACCUUCUGAACCAAUCAAUAAUUUCAUGGUUUUGUUUAAAGUGUUAGAGAAUGAUUUUUUUUUUCACAUUCUGUUACAACUAAAUCCUAAAAAAGACAAACCUACUUAAAGCCUUAUUUUUCAAACGCCCUGUUCUUGCUCAGAUUAAGUGUUGCCAAAAUAUCCACUGAACUAAGUUGCAUUGUUGUGCUAUGAACACUAAGCACUAAACUGUGUUUUGAAGACCUUUGUCUUUAAGAAGACUGUUUAAUUUCUGAUAGUAGGAAAUGCAAAAACACUUUCUAACUCAUUUUUCAGAUAUGUAAAACAGUACAGUAUACUUAGUAAAAAUGUUUAAUGCAUUGAAUAAUUUAUCAACCCAUGUUCAUUAUAUAACAUUGUACUGUAUAUCAGAAUGGAAUGUGUAUAACAAAACUAUAAUCUUUGGAUCAAUCUUUUGCUUUCACAGUAAAGAUUCUUUCAAGAAUCAAGCUCUUGCUGUGAUUUCAAACAGAAGUCCCGUGUGUGUUUUUGUUAAUGGGGUGUUCUCCUCUUUAACAGCAAUGUUUUGGGUUGGAUUAUUUGAAAUAUUUGGUUUCACCAAGGAGUAAAGACAGUAUUUUGACAUACUCUGGAACCUAAGAUUAAUUUACACUACAUUCUAUACUGAAGAGUGGAAAACUGAGUAAACUUUGUCACGGGUAAAAAGUUUAAAAAGCAGAACAGUUAACAUCUGUCAAAUGCAGUAGAUAAGAAAGGUUGAUGUUCUAGGUAAGUGUUUUGUUUCUAAGCUUUUCCUUUUUCUUCUUUUCCCCUCCCCCAAGUAGGGCAUUCAUUUAAUACAACUCUGAACUGGUCAUUCCCACAGUCGUGAACUUAGUAAAUGCUUUUUCAUCAAACCCUUUCUUACUGAGCAAUAUUACUCUACUUGUAUUUUAAAAAAUCUUUCUGAUUAUGUAUUAGGACUUUGCAUUUUUGUAGUUUAGAAAAAGCGCAUUCUUUUCAUGUUACCCUUUGUUCAAACUAUGUGCUUUCUUUAGUCUUCUAGUAACUAGAUGUAAAAAUCAUGUGAUGCAGCUUUAAAAAACUUUUUUUUUUUAAAAAUAUGCUUUAGCUAUUAAAAUAUGAACCUUCUUAAACAUCACUGUAUUGCCAGGUUACCAACACUGUAACACUACUAAUGUUGACCCUGUUCUUGACCUCACUUACAUGUACACUGCUUUCUAUUGCUUUUCCUAGUAAUGUGACCUCGGGCCUGUGAGGUUCUGUCAGCUUAGUGCUAAUGCUAACAAUGUUCUGUACAUCCUAAACACUGGCAAGAAUACACAAUAUUGAACUACAACCUUUCAACCACUAGAACAAAAUUUUGAAGAUGCAAAAGUUGCGAAAUUGUGGAGUGUUUUUACAUUGAUCUUUUGCUAAUGCAAUUAGCAUUAUGUUUUUGCAUGUAUGACUUAAUAAAUCCUUGAAUCACGUUA